AUGCUGGACGAGAACCUUCCAACUUUCUUUAUCAAGCCUUCUUCCGACAACCCCGCCUCUAGUACCAUCUUCCUGCGAGAGAACGGCUCUGAACUGCAGCCCGAGUAUACGCUACGAAAACCAGAACCCCACCUCCCAGCAUCAAAGAAUUGCUAUGCUGUAGGACUCUACGACUCGUACAAUACAGAGGUUCUGUACGCAGAGGUUCUGGUGCGUCCCGAAUGGCAACAGCCCACUCUGUCUGCAGCCGAGAUUCGAGCUCAAAAUGGUGUUCCGCCUCCUCCUGUACCUAUUGUCCCAACUGCUUUCACGAUUCAGCUAUAUAACCCAGAUCAACAAGUGGUUGUGAAGCAGAUAGCUUCAACGUGGAACAGCUCGGCGUACUGGGAGUUUGAGAUGCCACAGAAUAGCUUUCGACUUCCCUCAGCCUCAUCUCUAGACCGAAGCCAAAGCGAUCCCGCAGUGUCAGACAUAACGCCGAAAAUUGCAUUCAAGUGGAAGAGGGACGGCAAGCUGUCGAAGGAUAUAUCUUGUUUCUUAGCGGGGAAGUCAACGGAUGGCAGGAAGAAUAAGGAGCCCGAUAUCACAGUUGCUAUGUUCAAAGGAGUCAAUCUCACAAUCUACCAGCCAAAUAUGCAUCGUGUUGAUGUGGAAGACGUCAAGGGGCUCGAGGUGGUUCUGCUUCUUGGCGCAGCCGUCAUCAAGGACAUUUUUUUUAAUGCCAACAGAGAAAUGUUCAAUAUCAGUUCGCCGACUAUUGGAUCACCUCCUCCAAAUACAAGACGGAAGAACAGUGGACCUGUUAUUGCAGGGAAACCCAGCUCAACCACGCCUGUGAUGUCCGGGGCUAUGAUGAGCACCCCGCUCCAAAGACCCAACAAUGUUCCGGCGUCACAGAUCCCUCCUCAGCAGCCUCCAAGACAACAACAGCAAAGCUCGCGACCUCCACCAGCGGAUCCUCGUACACAAUGGGAGAUCGAUGCUGAAACCGAACGACUCAAGAAGAUUGUACAAGAAGAAGAGAGAGCUCGCGAGAAAGCAGACCGGGAAGAGCAAAAGCGAAUCAAGAAGAUGCUGGAGCAGGAAGAAAAAGACCGUAAACGACGAGACGCAGAAGUAGCCAAAGAGACCGAAAGACUGAGAAAGCAGUACGGAGUGACAGCCGUUGAUCCAGGACCAAGGGUGCAGUUCGCACCCGCGAUGCCGGUUCGGCCUCAAGCUUUACCACAGUACCAAAGUGCUCCGCAUUCAAGACCCGUGCCUGUCCCGAGACCUCUGAGUACCCCUACUGGGCCUCUACCCUCUGUCAACCAUGGAUCAAGUAGUGGCUGGUUUGGAGGCUCUCCACCUGCCCUCCGACCGCAGAAUAAUAGCCCUUAUUUGCAGGCACCUGGUAACUCCGCCGCGAGCUCAAGUGGCUUCUUUGGUUUGGGAGGACGGAAGAUGCAGAAGAAGAGAAGUGUGUUCUUUUAG